CUCACACUCUGUGUGUGUGUAGUGUUUGUAGAGAGAGAGAGAGAUGGCUGGAGCUAGGCAAUGGAAUAUUCCAUAUUCAACAUCAGGAAAGAUCAACAAAUUCAUUUCCAUACCCAUUGUAUCUUCUUCCAAGAGAAAUGAUCUCCCAAUGGUACCGAAAAAGAAGAGUAAACCGCGUCUGAUCACUAUAUCGCCAUCGGCCGACGGUAAAUGGCACGGAAAAUGGGACUGCGACUAUAUGUUCUCGUUGCAAGAAUUGCAUUUGCAUGAUUUGUGUGACGAUAUUCAACAAGACACCUACGUUUCCCUCAACCUCUCCGUCCAGAAGCAUGCUGGACUUGGGCUGUCAGUUGAAGGAAGGAUUAAAACAUGCUUCACCACAAAAUGCUGCAAUUGCUUCUCCCCCUAUUUAAGAGAGUUUAUCAAUGAUAUUUUAAUUAAUUUGCAGGUUAUAUAUGUAAAACCAGGAUCCGAUGCUGAUCUGGAUUCACUAAUACAAGAUACCAUUCGAUUGGCCACUUCAGUGAUAGAGACCUGCUCGGAAUCUUGCGAGAAGUCUGAACCUAAAUUGCACCAUUUAGGUGCAAGGAAUACAGCCUCCGUCGAGAAAAGGUGGUCGAAACUUUUGGAGCUAAAGAAGAAACACGACUUUACGGAAACGUGAAACUCGAGACCAAAAAAAGUGGCAUCGAGUCUUCUGCGAAAUUGAUUAAAAGAACAAAUGUUGGAAACAGAAAAAAAGAAAAUAGUUAUUGUGAACUAGUCUAGAUAACAUGUAUGGGAAAAAUACAGUUUUGUCCUUCAAGAUUGCACAAAUUUCACAUUUGGUC